AUGGGUUAUCCUGUUCGUGUUGUCAGGUCUGAAAAGAAGUGUACUGCAUAUGCCUCUGCGAAAGGAGUAAGAUAUGAUGGAGUUUACAGGAUUGAGAAGUGCUGGCGAAAAGUUGGAAAACAGGGUGUUUUUAAGAUGUGUCGUUACCUGUUUGUGAGAUGUGACAAUGAGGCAGCUCCAUGGACCAGUGAUGAGCAUGGAGAUCGUCCAAGAUCUUUGCCUAAUAUUCCAGAGCUUGAGAUGGCAACAGACUUGUUUGAGAGAAAGGAAAAUCCAUCAUGGGAUUUUGAUGAAAGUGAUGGUCGUUGGAAAUGGAUGAAGCCUCCACCAGCUAGCCAAAAGGCACUUAAUGCUUUGGACCCUAAUGAGAGAAAAAGUGUGAGGAAAGCCAGAAGUUCAACACAGACCGUGAGAGAGAAACUUCUAAAAGAAUUUAGCUGCCAAAUCUGUAGGCAAGUGAUGAGUCUUCCUGUGACAACGCCUUGUGCUCACAACUUCUGCAAGCCAUGCAUAGAAGGCAGAUUUGUUGGGCAAACUGUAAUGACAGAAAGAAGCAAAGGUGGACGUACACUUCGUGCCAGAAAGACCAUCAUGAACUGUCCUUGUUGCCCCACUGACAUUUCUGACUUUCUCCAAAACCCUCAGGUUUCAUGCGAUGCCGACGGUGUGUGCAUGAGAUGCAAAGACGACUCCUCCGACGGAGGAAUCUCUCAUGUGCACCACUUGCGCUACGCCUUGGCAUGCGUCAUGUCUCUCCUCCCCUCCCGAGACUCUCGCUUUCACUUUACAGUGGGAGAAGUUGACUGUCUUCCGAUUGCAUCCAACGAUGGAUCAGAUCUUGUCGCAGCCAAGACGCUCGGAGAAAACCUGUCUUGCGUUUUCUGCAUUCAGUUGCCUGAUAGGCCCGUCACGGCACCAUGUAGGCACAAUUUCUGCCUGAAAUGCGUUGGGAAAUGGACUGUUGGUCAAGGCAAGCCUACUCUGCCCUUGUCUCUGCCAUUCGUCUGGCCGAAGUACAAUGAAAGAGAAGAGAUGAAGGCAGAGAGCGGUCUCAGUCUUGACCGGAGUAGGGGAAUCGGCAAGACUAUCACCAAAUGCAAUAUAUUCCUCGAGAAAGCACAAGCAGCAGCAGCAGCAGCAACAGAAACAUCCACCUCUCAAGCUGCUGCUAAUGGCAACGAGCAUCAACCUAUGGAAGUUGAAGUUGAUGGAGAAAAACAGAAAGCACAAGCAGCAGCAAAAGCAUCCACUGACUUCUUCUUCAUCUCUUUCUAUUGA